UGAGAUUCACUCUUUCACCAGGGAGACAAAACUGGUAAGCCCAACCCACUAUCGCACUCAGCUGGACCGAAGAAGAACCAUCUCGCCCAACCCAUCCGCUUUCCAUAUUCACCUUGAUUUUGGCGCGAAAAUUGACCUUGGCUUCAUGGUUAGGGUUUCAAUCUUCCGUGAGAUUACUGUGACAGAAACAGAAAAAGCAAAAAUUUCGGAACCAUUUGAAAGGGCUUUUGCUCGAAGAACAUAGUAGCAAUGGCGUCGUCACCUCCUACGAAGCGCAGGAGAAGAAACCAGACAGAAGACGAUGCAGAUGACACGUCAUGUCCGCCAUCUCCGACCUUGGAGAAAUUAUCCCCUGUGGUCGUCUUCGCUCAUGGUGCUGGUGCUCCCUCUUCUUCCGACUGGAUGAUCAGAUGGAAAGACAUGCUGGGUAAAGCACUGCACGCUGUUGAAGUCGUUACCUUUGACUAUCCAUACAUGUCUGGCGGGAAACGGAGGGCGCCUCCUAAGGCGGAAAAAUUAGUUGACUUUCAUGCCGAUGUUGUCAGGGAGGCUGUUGCUAAGUACCCUGGUCAUCCAUUGAUUUUGGCAGGGAAAUCAAUGGGCUCAAGGGAGGAAAUUUUGUACAAAAGAAGAAGAUUUAGCUGCAUGGUCGCUUGCAAGGAAGACAUUUGUGCCUCAGCAAUAGUUUGCUUGGGAUACCCCUUAAAGGGCAUGGGUGGAGCAGUAAGAGAUGAGAUUCUAUUGCAACUUACUGCUCCCAUAAUGUUUGUGCAGGGUAACAAGGACGCGCUCUGUCCACUGGAUAAGCUGGAGUCCACUCGAAAGAAGAUGAAUUCCGCAAGUGAUUUGCAUGUGAUUGAUGGUGGCGAUCACUCCUUCAAGAUUGGGAAGAAGCACCUACAGGCCCAUGGGUCGACGCAAGAUCAAGCGGAAGAUCUUGCUCUGAAGGCCAUUGCAACCUUUUUGUCGAAGUCUCUUGGAGGAAGUACUUGACACCUUCAUUUCAUAGGAUAAGAUGUCAAGUUUUUGAAAUGCACUCAAAGGGCUGUCUCAUGCUGUCAAUUUUAUGUUUCAUGAGACUAUUCCUUCUGCGAUGCUAACUGUCUCGCUUUGCGUUGAAGACCGAUCAGUUUUAAUUUGCUAUUUGAUGCAUGAUUAUGUUGCCUCAGUAAAGUAAAGACCUUGUAUAAAAUGUUACACUUGUCUUGUUGUAUAUUGGUGGUUUUUCCAACCUAUUUUGUAUAUUGGUGGUUUUCCAACCUAUUUUGGGCUUCAUCGACGGAUUGAUUCAAGUCAGAUUGCCAUUUUAAUGGUACUUGGUUUAAGACGUUCCCAAUUCA